UUGCUCUUUAGUUUUACCCUUUUUAAACAGUGUAAACACCGAUCGCCCUUCUGGGUCUGUCUCAGAUCGGUGCCAAGGGAUUCAAGUUAAUUCCACUCCUUAUAAGAUGUCUAAAGCACAAGAUCCAUUUUAUAUCGUCAAAGAAGAGAUUCAAGAUUCUAUCGAUAAAUUGCAAGUAAGUUUUCAUCAAUGGGAAAGAGUUCCUCCUGGAACUGGUGAGCAAGUUCAUCUCACAAAAGAUCUCCUUGCUAAUUGUGACAGCAUCCAAUGGCAGGUGGAUGAAUUGGAUAAAGCGAUUUCGGUGGCAGCUAGAGAUCCUUCUUGGUAUGGUAUCGAUGAAGUUGAGCUUGAAAGCCGGAGGAGAUGGACCGCCAAUGCUCGUAUUCAGGUGGCUGAUGUGAAGAAAGCUGUUGGAGCUCGAAAAGAGAAUGAUAAUAGUGCAAGCGUUAUCCGUCGAGAAUUGAUGAGACUGCCAGAUUCUCAGCAAGCAGACAUAUCCAACCACUAUAGUGCAGAAGAUAACGAUGACUUUAUAGAAUCGGAAUCAGAUAGACAAAUGCUUCUUAUAAAGCAGCAGGAUGAGGAGUUGGAUGAGCUUAGCGCAAGUGUCCAGAGAAUUGGAGGAGUCGGGCUUACGAUACAUGAAGAACUUCUUGCACAGGAGAAGAUAUUAGAUGAGUUGGGUACCGAAAUGGACAGUACGAAAAACCGACUGGAUUUUAUUCAGAAGAAAAUGGCUAUAGUUAUGAAGAAGGCUGGCGCUAAGGGCCAAAUAAUGAUAAUAAUAUUUCUGCUAAUGUUGUUCAUCAUUCUGUUCAUUCUGGUCUUCUUCACUUAAAAGACCAGAGGAGAAAAUCCCAAUUUUAUGUUCAUACACAAACAUGAACACGAACACAAACGAGAACGAGAUCCGACAUUCUCGAAAAUAACCCUUUUGGUUCGAA